AUGAGAAUGAACCAUGAGUGCCCGAAAUAUCAGGAAGAAGCAGAGAAGGUAGAGACGUCGGCCCGGUAUCGCAAGCGGUACCACCGCGUCCCGCCCUAUCUACAGGACUUCCGCCAGGAUUCUGAGAGUAGCGGCUCGGAUUCCACUGCCGUACUAAGCGCCACCGCGCCCAGUACCUCUCCACCAGAGAAGGUCGUGCAAUUCAAGAAAUCAAGGGGAACAGCCAAAAAGAAGCAAGGAUUAUCCAAGGGAUCCAUGACAACGCAGGGAUCAUCCAAGGGAUCCAUGACCACCGAGCCGAGGCAGACCCGCAGCCAGGCCCGCGCCUCUACCGCCCGAACACCGGUAGAGGGCCAGGCCAGCGGUAACUAA